GGAGCCGUUGGCCCCCUUUCCGCUGCGGGCGGACGAGCGCCUCCCGCGCCUCCGGGCCCAGGCCAGCCUCGGGAACCGGGUUCUGUGCAAUUGCUCUCUUCCUGGAUGUUGUUGUGGCCAAGCUCCUAAUGAAAAUGAAGGGUGACCUGAGGUGCCAGCUGAGUCACAGGAGCACUUCAGACCAGAUUUCCACGUGAUCACUUCCAAGCCGGGCGAGCUUGAACCACAUCUUGAGAACCUGAAAUAACUUCAAGAUGUUUAACAAGUCGUUUGGCACUCCUUUUGGAGGCAAUACAGGUGGCUUUGGGACCACCUCAACUUUUGGACAGAAUGCUGGCUUUGGCACGACAAGCGGAGGGGCCUUUGGGACGUCUGCUUUUGGAUCAAAUAACAAUACCGGAGGGCUCUUUGGGAGCGCACAGACCAAACCAGGAGGAUUAUUCAGCUCGAGCACCUUCAGCCAGCCAGCCACAUCUUCCACUAGUACUGGCUUUGGAUUUGGGACAUCGACCGGAACGUCCAGUGGCUUGUUUGGCACUGCAAGCACCGGUGGAGGCCUCUUCUCAUCCCAGAACAAUGCCUUUGCACAGAGUAAACCUGUGGGCUUUGGCAACUUUGGGACAAGUACCAGCAGCGGUGGGUUAUUUGGAACCACCAACACAACUUCCAACCCCUUUGGGGGAACGUCGGGCUCCCUGUUUGGCUCCACUAGCUUUGCUGCUGUUCCAACUGGCACUACCAUUAAAUUCAAUCCCCCUACGGGUACAGAUACGAUGGUGAAGUCUGGGGUCAGCACAAACAUCAGCACUAAACAUCAGUGCAUUACGGCAAUGAAAGAAUAUGAAAGCAAAUCGCUGGAGGAGCUGCGUUUGGAAGACUACCAAGCGAAUAGGAAGGGUCCUUCCAAUCCGGUUGGAGCCGGAGCAACGGCGGGCUUGUUUGGGUCCUCCCCAGCCACGUCCAGCGCGGCCACGGGGCUCUUUGGAUCCUCCACCACCAACACAGGCUUUUCCUAUGGACAGACCAAGACAGGAUUUGGGGCCAGCACAACAGGUUUUGGAACAGGAACCGGGGGCCUCUUCGGACCGACUCAGCCGACCACCAGCCUCUUCAACAAGCCAUUCGGCCAGGCCACGACUGCCCCAAACACAGGCUUUUCGUUCGGCAAUACCAGCACCCUCGGCCAGCCCAAUACAAACACAAUGGGUCUAUUCGGAGCCACUCAGCCCUCACAAACCGGAGGCCUUUUUGGAACCGCUGCCAGCGCCAACACGGCCACUGCCUUUGGAACAGGGACGGGGCUCUUUGGACAACCCAGUACAGGAUUUGGUGUUGGUGGCUCGUCGCUGUUUAGCAACAAACCCGCUGGAUUCGGAACCACAACCACAAGCGCACCUUCAUUUGGAACAACUACAAGCGGACUUUUUGGUUUUGGUGCGAACACCACAGGGAACAGCCUCUUUGGAAACAAGCCUGCCGCGGGAGCCCUGGGGACUGGCCUUGGAACAGGAUUUGGAACAGCCCUGAGUGCAGGGCAGACUUCGUUGUUUGGGAACACCCAGCCUAAACUCGGGGGCACGCUGGGGACAGGAGCCUUCGGUGCCCCUGGAUUUAAUACAUCAACAGCCACCCUCGGCUUUGGAGCUCCCCAGCCUGCUGUGGCUCUGACGGACCCGAAUGCGUCUGCUGCCCAGCAGGCCAUUCUUCAGCAGCACCUGAACAGCUUGACAUAUUCGCCUUUUGGGGAUUCCCCUCUCUUCAGAAACCCUGUGUCUGACCCCAAGAAGAAGGAGGAGAGACUGAAGCCAACCAAUCCAGCGGCCCAAAAGGCAUUGACCACUCCCACCCACUACAAGCUGACCCCUCGCCCGGCAACUCGAGUGCGUCCGAAAGCUUUGCAAACCACAGGCUCUUCCAAAUCGCACCUCUUUGAUGGUCUGGAUGACGACGAGCCUGCCCUGUCGAAUGGGGCUUUCAUGCCCAAGAAGAGCAUUAAGAAGCUGGUUUUGAAGAACCUCAACAGCAGCAGCCUGUUCUCCCCCAUCAUGAAUGACGACUUGGCCUCUCCCUCGGAGUACCCAGAGAAUGGAGAACGGUUCAACUUCCUGUCCAAGUCCGUGGAUGAGAACCACCGGCAGCAUGGAGAGGAGGACGAGGAAGGCCACCCUCGCGAGGUGUCAGGCUUCUGCGUCAGCCCCGUCCCCAAGUCGAUCCCCCAGAGUCCAGAGCACUCCUCGCACAAGCACCAUCACAACAGCAGCGUGGACGACACCAUCAUGGCCCUGAACCUACGUGCGGCCCUGCGGAACGGGCUGGAAGGCAGCAGCGAGGACGCCUCCUACCAGGAGGAGUCCCUUCAGGACGACCACAGCGAGCAGGCGGAGGGCACCUCUCCUCCACACCCGGCAGGUAUUGUUUUAACACGAGCCGGCUACUACACCGUUCCAUCUCUGGAAGAAACGGCCAAAAACAUGAACGAGAAAGGAGAGUGCGUCGUGAAAGACUUCACCAUCGGCCGUAGAGGCUACGGCUCCGUCUACUUUCAAGGCACCAUCACUCUCGCAAACGUGAACCUGGAUGACAUUGUCCACAUCCGCAGAAAGGAGGUUAUUGUCUACCCCGACGACGAGCAUAAGCCCCCCAUCGGGGAAGGCUUAAAUAGGCGAGCCGAAGUCACUUUGGAUGGCGUUUGGCCCACUGACAAGACCACCCGCUGCUUAAUCAAGAGCCCAGAACGGCUACUGGAAAUGAACUAUGAAGGCAGGCUCGAGGCUGCCUCCCGCAAGCAGGGUGCCCAGUUCAAGGAGUACCGCCCGGAGACGGGGUCAUGGGUAUUUAAGGUGGCUCACUUCUCAAAAUACGGCUUGCAAGAUUCUGAUGAGGACGAGGAUGAGCCCCCGUCCAAAGUGGAGACCAAGAAGUUAAAAACAGCUGCGGGCCCCCAGUCAGGCCAGACGAUGCCUCAGCAGGUGGCUCUGAGUGGGAAGCUGGCACCUCCCUCCAAGAGUCCAGAGGUUGAGCAGCUGGGCAAGGUUGUGGAGUUCGAUGCCGACAUGGCAGACAUCACCCAAGAGUCUGCUCAGGAUCUGGGCAUGGCCGCGAGCCUGGCAGAGGAGCUGGAGCCGGUGCCCGCUUCAGCACACAUUGCCUCCUCGCUGGACAUCAACCCUCACACCUUGCAGAUCAUGAAGGCGUCCUUGCUUGUGGAUGAAGAAGAUUUGGACCUGAUCCUGGAUCACCGUUUUGGCAAACCAGCCGUGGCCCCCGCAGACCCGAGAUCCCAAGAGAUCUGCUCGCCGAGGCUUCCAAUCUCCUCCCUGCCCCCGAGGCAGAAGAGCCGCCUCUCAGUUGGCGAGUUGCUGUCGUCCAGGCUCUCCACCGGGCCUCUCCUCCUGCCGAGCGUUUCCCUGCAGGACAGCCGCAGCCCAAGGACUUCCUCGCUGGGCCCUGGCCUUCCCACGUGCCCCUGGGGUGCCUUGUCUCCUUUGACCGCUGCCUUCACCGUGCCCAGCGCGGUGCCCGAGGUGCCCCUGAAAACGGUGGGCGUACGCCGGCGCCCUGGGCUGGUGCCUCUGGAGAAGUCUGUCGCCUACGGGAAAGGAAGGCUGCUGAAGGACAUGGCGCUCUUCAUGGGACGCUCCUUCCGGGUUGGCUGGGGCCCCGGCUGGGUCCUGGUCCACAGUGGAGAGCAGCUGAGCACCCUGCGUGAGCCCGAAGAGCUCCAGGAUGAAUCCAUGGAGUACGGCUUCUUGCCCACCCCUGUCGUCGCCCCGAAGCAGCUCUCAGAGUCUCCCUUCAAGGUUCACGUUGAGAGGCUGAGCUUGGUAGGAAGGACAGCGAAUGGGGAUCCACACCUGUACCUCAUUCCCUUGGAAAUCAAGCUGAAGCACAGCACGGUCCACCUGGAAGAGCCCUGCCCCUUCCUGACCCCCAACCCUGGUGUUGCCGCCAUCCGUGACUAUGCCGGAUGGACAACGGAAACAUGUGGCAACCCCGAAGAAGAAGGAGGAGGAGGAGGAGUGGUGAAAGAUUGGUGUUUGGUGUGGACCUUGUGCGAGGCCCUUUGGGGGCGCCUGAAGGAGCUGGAAGCCUGCUUGGAGGAGCCCAGCGAGUAUGUCCGGGCUCUGGAGUGCCGGAAGGCCUUCUCCUGCUGGCUCUCGCAGGUGGCGGCCGAGCGGAUUAAGGAGGAGGUCUCGCUGAGCCAGAACAACAGCCCUGCAGAGGCCAUCUUUAGCUAUCUCACAGGGAAGCAGAUUGGCGAAGCCUGCCGGCUGGCCCAUAAAUCAGGAGAUCACAGGCUGGCUUUGCUCCUCUCCCAGCUGGUCGGCAGCCAGGAGGUCCGAGAUCUCAUGGCCAUGCAGCUGGCGGACUGGCAUCAGCUCCAGGCCGAUGGCUUCAUCCAGGAGGACAGGCUGCGUAUAUUUGCCCUCCUCGCUGGCAAACCGGUGUGGCAUUUGUCGGAGUGGAGGAGCGUCAACGUCUGCUCUCAGCUGGACUGGAAGCGUUCGCUCGGCGUCCAUCUCUGGUACCUCCUGCCUUCGACGGCACCGCUUUCCAAGGCCCUCAGCAUGUACGAAGGCGCUUUUCAGGACUCGUCAGAGAACGAAGCGUACGCCUGUUCUCCGUUGCCUCCGUACCUUGAAGGCUCCGGCUGUGUGAUCGAGGAAGACCAUUCCCAGCACCUUCUCCGCGACACCUGCUUUCACCUCUUAAAACUGUACAGCGAGAGGUGCUACGAUCUACAUCAGCUGCUCGACCCAAAAAGUAUAACCGCUGACCCCCUGGACUAUCGUCUCAGUUGGCACCUGUGGGAGGCGCUGCGGGCCUUGAAUUACACCCACCUCUCAGAGCAGUGCCAGGGAGCGCUCAACGCCAACUACGCCGCCCAGUUGGAGAGCGAGGGGCUGUGGGAGUGGGCCGUUUUUGUGUUGCUUCACACCCCCAGUGCACACAUGCGCGAGAGGGCUGUGCGUGAGCUGCUGAACCGCCACUGCCGGCUUCUGGAGACGCCCGAGUCCUGGGAGAAGGAAGCCUUCCUCACGGAGAAGCUGUGCCUCCCGCCCGAGUGGAUUCACGAAGCCAAGGCUGUGAGGGCCCGGAUGGAGGGCGACAAGCACCAGGAGGCCCUGCACUUGUUCAAGGCAGGGCACUGGAACCAAUGCCACCAGCUGGUGAUCAGGCACCUGGCUGCAGGUGCCAUUAUUAAUGAAAACUACACCUACCUGAAAGGAUUCUUAGAAGACCUCUCAGCCCCUGAACGCAGCAUCCUCAUCCAGGACUGGGAGACGGCCGGCCUGGUUUUCUUGGACUACAUCUGCAUCAUUGAGAUGCUCAACAGGAUUCAGCAGCUGGAUUGUUCUGGCUAUGAGUUGGAGGAAUUGCACACCAGAGUGAUCUCCCUCUGCAACCGGAUAGAGCUGCUCCCCUGCCACAGCGCCAAGGACAGGCUGGCUCAGUCAGAAAUGGCCAAGCGCAACGCAGACAUCCUGCGGGUGGUCCUGAGCCUGCAGCACCCUUCGGACUCUGCCUCCGGCCCCACCCCUGAUGUGCGGAGGGUCCCUUUGCGCCUGCUUGCCCCCCACAUUGGCCACCUUCCCAUGCCCGAGGACUACGCGCUAGAGGAGCUUCGGGGCCUCACGGAGUCCUACUUGCGCGAAUUGACCGUUGUGGCGCAGUGAGGCCGGCUUGCCCUGCCUGGGAACCUGGGUGGACCGGCCCUCGGAACCAUCGGUGGCCCUUCCGCCUCUGGUCUUGGGGGUGCAGGUUCCCCCUUUGCUGCAGCAGCAGCCCCCCCCCGCCCCCACCCCCAAACAGUUCCAAACUCUUUCCUGCCCCCAGAUGCUGCAUAGCUCCUCCCAACUGGCUUUGUCACCGCCAGGCAGAGCAUAGAGACACCCCCCCCAUCUGGCACGGGGGAACACCCCAGUCACUGUGCUUUCUAGUUUUAAUAAAGCCUGCAUCCGCAGAAACCAGCCGUGGUGGUCGCCUCCAGCAUGUCGGAAGCCAGGCAGCAGAACACCUUUCAGUGCUCAAGCAGAGGGCAACAGAAUCAGGGCGUGCACCGUGAAGUCACCACUGGCGCUGGAUGUUGGCCAGUCGGUUUGUGAAGGGAGUGGGAGAGGCUUCCGUGUGUCCUGCAGCACUGAGACGGAAAAGGGCUGUUAACGCUGGGGUGGCUUAGGAGCCUAGUCAGACCUGAGUUGUGCCCCCUGGCCUUUGGGAGGGAGGGAGUGAGGGAGGGCAGCCUUCCUGAGGGUGGGUGGGUGUGUGCGCAUGCAUGCGCCAGGGCACACCUCAGUGCAACAAUCACGCUUUGGCCCCAAGGCCAGGUCCCCAGUGGGGCUCCUCAAGGAGAGGGGCCAGGCAUUAGGCCCUGGGUGGGGGGGGGCAUGGGGAACUCUGCCUUAUUAAGGCCUGGCAGGUGGGUUGCGACCCGGCUUCUGUGGCUCGUUCUGCCAGUAGCCGUUCGAGGCAGAUCUUUUGGGGUUCCGUGGGUCCUGAGGCUCUGUGGUCUCUCCUGAGUGGGCCUCCCUCUCAAACCAACCCUCGGGCAGUAGAACUGUUAGCCUGAUGCUGGGCCUUUUUGCCCUUUCGUGUUGCAGGAAGGGGCUUCGGAGCUGAGGCUCUCUGGCUCGGCCAGUGCCCCCGUUUGCACAAACGCCACCGGGUUCUUGGCGGGUGGGGCGAGGUCUGGCGUCGGAGCCGCAGCGCUUCUGCUGGGGUUGGACCCAUUGCUAGUACAGGGCGUUUACCUCUGGAGCUGAUGUGUGUCUCUGUGUGUGCGUGUGUGUAUGUGUGUGUGUGUAUUUUGGGGAGGGGAGGGGUCUGCCAGCAAAGUGGUUACGCAUGAAUAUUAUGUAAAGGUUUUUAUUAAAACUAUAAAUAAAUGAUUCAGAUUA